UUUUUCAUUGCUUGUGUGAUGAUGAUGAUCAUCAUCAGUUUCCAGGGUACUCUUACAUGGUUUUGAUGAUUUUGUUUUUUUGUUGAAAAAGUGACUUUGGUUUUGGUUUCCCGAAACGUGCGUACCCAAACUAGUACGAUUUUGGUUGUUACCUUAUCUGGUUGAAAACAAACUAGUACAGUAUCCUACUUCCUAGAUUCUGUUGCGUAACACGUUUGUACCUUUGUCUGCUGCUGAGGUAGAGGGACAAACUCAAAAGCCUUGUGGAUUCUGUACGCUCAUAUGUGUUUGGAGCUGAUUAAGUCAACUGCACUGGUCAUUCUCAAUCCAUAGAGCAUGAAUUCUCCAACUUCACACUUUGUUCCCCCAAGAAGGAUGGGAGUAUAUGAUCCAAUCCACCAGAUUAGUAUGUGGGAAGAGAAUUUCAGAAGUAAUGUUAGUUUAAGUGCAUCAACGCUCUUAAUUGAUGACGCGGAGAUUAAGUUUGACAAUCAGUCAGAAUAUGCUUCUCAUGGAAUACCAGGAACAUCUAAACAAUAUGACCAAGAAGCUAACAGACUUGCUGAUAAGAUACAGAGACGCCUUGCACAAAAUCGAGAGGCUGCUCGUAAGAGUCGUUUGCGCAAAAAGGCCUAUGUACAGCAACUAGAAUCAUGUCGUGUGAAGCUAAUGCAGUUAGAGCAAGAGGUUGAUCAUGCAAAACAACAGGGAUUACAUAUUGGUGGUACUGGAUUGGGUUCUAAUAGUUUGGGUUUUGCUGCCUCUUUAAAUUCAGGAAUAACAAACUUCGAGAUGGAGUAUGGACGUUGGCUAGAAGAGCGGAAUAGACAUACCUUGGCACUUAGAAAUGCUUUAAGUUCUCAUAUGGGUGACGUAGAACUCGGAGAACUUGUAGAUGGCACAAUGAACCACUAUUUUAAGCUCUUUGGCAUGAAAUCUGCUGCUGCAAAAGCUGAUGCUUUCUACGUUAUGUCCGGCAUGUGGAAAUCAUCAGCCGAACGAUUUUUCUUCUGGAUUGGAGGCUUUCGCCCCUCAGAAAUUCUAAAGAUUCUGGUCCCUAGGAUUGAAACCAUGACAGAGCAACAAAGAUCAGACAUAAGCAACCUUGGAAAAUCUUGUCAGCAAGCAGAAGAUGCUCUUUCACAAGGCAUGGACAAACUUCAACAAAUGGUUUCAGAAUCUGUAGCAGCAGGACAACUUGAAGAACAAACUAACACUCCAAACAUGUCUACUGCAAUGGAGAGAUUGGCAGCUCUAGUGAGCUUUGUGAACCAAGCUGAUCAUCUGCGACAGGAAACAUUGCUGCAAAUGUCUCGAAUACUUACAAAACGGCAGGCUGCGAGGUGGCUUCUUGCCUUGGGGGAAUAUUUUCAACGCCUGCAAGCUUUGAGCUCUUUCUGGGCUAAUCGUCCUCCCAAACCUGCUGAGUGCUUAAUACCUUAGCCUUCGAAAAAUACUGAGGCAACCUGUAACCAAGAUUUCAGUAAAAUCAGCAACACAAUUGUUUUUCUUACUCAUUGUUUUUCAUACACCGAGCUGAUUCACUCUCACCUACUAUUGAAUGUGUUGUCAAACCCAGUUGAUUUGCGCCUUAUAACUCAUUCAAUGUUAGAUGGGAUUGAGCCAGCUUACUGGCUUGAGAAAUGGAGAAUACAUAUAACACACACCAGAGCCAUGACUCAUGGAUUUGUGCCUAGGUUGCUCCUAUUUUUCUGUUAGUCUUCUGUUACUUGGUUUGUAAAUGCAGAUUCCCAUUUUACGAAAAGAAGUUUGUAACUAUUCUAUAUGGGAGUUGGCCAUGUAAGAAAGAAGGUGUAAAGUUGUGUCCUAAACAAGAAGCUUGUUUUGAACCUGAUACAGAUUAGGUUAGGUAUCAUUUUAAAUUUUUAGGCA